AUGGUGAUAGCAUGCAUUGUGAAAUGGUCUACGAAACUAUUGUAUGAUCCAUCAAGAAAAUACGCUGGCUACCAGAAAAGGAACAUUGCAAGUUUAAAACCAGACUCAGAGCUGAGAAUACUUGCAUGCGUUCAUAGAACAUACAAUAUAUCUGCUAUAAAAGAUGUCCUGGAUCUUUGUUGUCCAACAACAGAGAACCCAAUCAUUGUGGAAGUGUUGCAUUUGAUCGAGCUGGUUGGAAGGACCUCUCCCAUUUUCAUUUCUCAUCGCAUUCAGAGAACUAUCUCAUCGAAUUGCCACAAGUCUUAUUCAGAUGAUAUCACUCUUGCCUUUGACCUCUAUGAACAUGACAACAUUGGUGCAGUAAGUGUAUACACUUACACAGCCAUAUCUCCACCCACCCUGAUGCAUGACGACGUUUGUCAACUUGCAUUGGACAAAGUGGCAUCCAUUAUAAUUCUUCCAUUCCAUAUAAGAUGGUCUAGUGAUGGUGCCAUUGAAUCUGCUGACAAGAACACGAGGACCUUAAAUUGUAAGGUCCUAGAAAUAGCUCCAUGCUCAGUGGGAAUCCUUGUGAGCCGUUCUCCCGUUCCAAGUGAAUCAUUCAUUAGGCUAGCAAUGGUUUUUUUGGGUGGAAAAGAUGACAGAGAGGCUUUGCGCUUGGCCAAACGAGCAACGAGGAAGUCGAGGGUCAACUUGGUUGUGUACCACCUUGUUCCAAAGGAAUACAGACCAGACGUGGAAUAUCUACUAGAUAACAUGGCACUAGAAGAUAUUAAGACAUCACAAUCUAGCUUGGGAAAUGUAAGUUAUCACGAAGUCAUGGUAAACAAUGGACAUGAGACAUCUCUCUUUCUUCGCCAAAUAGCAAAUCAACAUGACUUUUUCAUUGUCGGGAGAAGAAAUGAACUGGACUCACCUCAGACACAUGGACUUACAACUUGGAGUGAAUUUUCAGAAUUGGGUGUCAUUGGCGAUUUGCUUGCUUCAUCAGAUUUUGAGAGCAGAGCGUCUGUUUUUGUUGUGCAGCAACAAGUGAAAGAAACAUAA